GCCAGACCCCGCUCCGCCCGCGCCCCGCUCCACUGCCGAGGCUCCCGCAGCCCCGGCGUCGGCCCCGCUGCGCCCUCCCCGGGGGCUAUGGGGGCGCCCCCGGGCUACCGACCCUCCGCUUGGGUGCAUCUGCUUCACCAGCUGCCCCGCGCCGACUUCCAGCUCCGCCCGGUACCCAGCGGUUUCGCGCCCCAAGAGCAAGAAUACCAGCAGGCCCUGUUGCUGGUGGCGGCCUUGGCAGGCCUGGGCUUGGGCCUGAGCCUCAUUUUCAUUGCUGUCUACCUCAUCCGCUUCUGCUGCUGCCGGCCCCCAGAGCCCCCCGGGGCCAAAAGCCCCCCACCUGGGGGAGGUUGUGUCACCUGGAGCUGCAUCGCUGCCCUUCUCGUCGGCUGCGCCGGCAUUGGCAUCGGUUUCUAUGGCAACAGCGAGACCAGUGAUGGGGUGUCCCAGCUCAGCUCGGCACUGCUGCAUGCCAACCAUACGCUCAGCGCCAUAGACCACCUGGUGUCAGAGACUGUGGAGAGGCUGGGUGAGGCCGUGAGGACAGAGCUGACCACCCUGGAGGAAGUGCUGGCUCCGCGUACGGAGCUGGUGGCUGCCGCCCGCGGGGCUCGGCGGGAGGCAGAGGCCGUGGCCCGGCAGCUCCAGGAGCUGGCCUUCUGGAGGGGAGUGCCCUUGAGCCCCCUGCAAGUGGCUGAAGAUGUGUCCUUUGUGGAGGAGUACAGGUGGCUGGCCUAUGUUCUCCUGCUGCUCCUGGAGCUGCUGGUCUGUCUCUUCACCCUCCUGGGCCUGGCAAAGCAGAGCAAGUGGCUGGUGAUCGUGAUGACAGUGAUGAGUCUCCUGGUCCUUGUCUUGAGCUGGGGCUCCAUGGGGCUGGAGGCAGCUACAGCUGUGGGCCUCAGUGACUUCUGCUCCAGUCCUGACACCUACAUCCUGAACCUGACCCAGGAGGAAACUGGGCUCAGCUCAGACAUUCUGAGCUAUUACUUCCUCUGCAACCAGGCGGUCUCCAACCCCUUUCAGCAGAGGCUGACUCUGUCGCAGCGAGCUCUGGCCAACAUCCACUCCCAGCUGCAGGGCCUCGAGCGGGAAGCUGUCCCCCAGUUCCCUUCUGCGCAGAAGCCUCUGCUGUCCUUGGAGGAGACGCUGAAUGCGACGGAAGGAAACUUCCACCAGCUGGUGGCGCUGCUGCACUGCCGCGGCCUGCACAAGGAUUACGGCGCUGCCCUGCGGGGCCUGUGUGAGGAUGCCCUGGAAGGCCUGCUCUUCCUGCUGCUCUUCUCCCUGCUGUCUGCGGGGGCCCUGGCCACUGCCCUCUGCAGCCUGCCCCGUGCCUGGGCUCUCUUCCCGCCCAGGAAUCCAAGCGCUUCGUGCAGUGGCAGUCAUCUAUCUGAGCCCCUCUUCCCUGCCAGACUGGAGACUGGGCCCCCACCCCGUUCCUUCCCUGGCUGCCGGAGGAGACCCCACUAACCCAGCCUGAUGGUGCUCUCAGCAAGAACAGCACCUCUGGCCACGGACAGCCACAUGGGACUGCCUCCCUGCCCUGCCCCUUCUCCCACACGCCCCUGCCCCUGUGAGUCAGUGAGGGGGCAGGGCGGGCCCUGGGGCUAGCACGGAGGGGAGGCUAGCCAGCCGGCCCCCCAGGCCUCAUUCCUGGCCACCAGGCCCAUCCUUGAAGGGAUGUGAGUGCCCCCGCCCCUGCCACACCCAGGGGGCUUAGGGCUAUCAUCCCAUCUUGCAGCACUAACUUGGGAAUGGGUUGAUUUGAAAUAAAAGGGAAAACUUUAUUUUACAAGCAGC